GUUCCUCUCUCAGUGUCGAGAUCACCAGAGGGAAGCAUUAAAUUGCUCUUCACAUGAGUCAGAUCUGUUGUUCCUGAGGAGACAAGGCUGGUGCAGCUUGAGCGCUGUGGGCAAGUCUGACCAGGUCCCAUCUCAUUCUUGCCUGUGUUUGCCUUGCAGCUGUGUAAAUGAGUAUGGAAGAUUAUGAUUUCCUGUUUAAAAUUGUUUUAAUUGGCAAUGCUGGUGUGGGAAAGACGUGCCUAGUCCGACGAUUCACUCAGGGUCUUUUCCCCCCAGGACAAGGAGCCACGAUUGGAGUUGAUUUUAUGAUUAAGACGGUGGAGAUUAAUGGUGAAAAAGUCAAGCUUCAGAUCUGGGACACAGCAGGUCAAGAGAGAUUUCGGUCCAUUACCCAGAGUUAUUACCGAAGCGCCAAUGCCUUGAUCCUCACCUAUGACAUAACCUGUGAGGAAUCCUUCCGUUGCCUUCCUGAGUGGCUGCGGGAGAUAGAACAAUAUGCCAGCAACAAGGUCAUCACUGUGCUAGUGGGCAACAAGAUUGAUCUGGCUGAAAGGAGAGAGGUCUCCCAGCAGAGAGCUGAAGAAUUCUCAGAAGCUCAGGACAUGUAUUACCUGGAGACCUCAGCCAAGGAAUCAGAUAACGUGGAGAAACUAUUCCUUGACUUAGCGUGCCGCCUCAUCAGUGAAGCCAGACAGAACACACUUGUGAACAAUGUAUCCUCGCCCUUACCUGGAGAAGGGAAAAGCAUUAGCUAUUUGACUUGUUGUAAUUUCAACUAAAGGCUGAGGCAAGGAGAAGCGAGAGGAAUCAGCAGCUGCCCCGAUGGGCCCCCAAAUUGCUGGGGGAGGUCUGGUGAUGACUAUGGCUCCCGCUCUCAGACCUUCUGACUCCUGUGGGAUCCGGGCUUACAAAGCAUGGCAGCCCAGAGGUUUUGUCCACAGGCCAGCAUUAGCAGAACAUAUAAUGGUUUCACCCUUUUGCAGUCAGGAGUUGGAGCAAGGAGAAAAUUGCACUAGGCGCUCCAUGAUCUGCAGAGCAUGUUGCUUUUGUUCUUU